AUGAACAACCCAACCCCAGCCGUCGAGCCCUUCGACAACGUCGCGGACUCGACCGACUGGCUCCCAACGCCGCUCUCGGGCCUCGCAGCCGUCGAGGCCGCGCUGCGCUGCCAGGUCUGCAAGGACUUCUACAAGACGCCCAUGCUGACCUCGUGCAACCACACCUUCUGCUCGAUAUGCAUCCGGCGCGUCCUCUCCAGCGACAGCAAAUGCCCCCUCUGUCGCGCCUCCCAGCAGGAGUUCAAGCUGCGAAGCAACUGGUCCAUGGAAGAGGUCGUCGCGGCAUUCACCCAGGCCCGCCCCAUCGUUCUCGACUUCGCGACGACGAGACCACCCGCGUCCACAGACUCGGAAACACCCAAGAGGAAGGUAGACGACAUCGAGGAUGAGCAGCAGGCCAGCAGCAGUCAGCCCUCCAGCAAGCGACUCCGGUCUUCAACCCGGCUGAGCAAGUCGAGGGGCCUGGAAGCGAAGGCCGAGAUGGCCCGUCAGGAGUCCCACAUACCGGACUCCGAACCAACACUAUACGAACCCGACGACGGCCUGGUCGCCUGUCCCAUAUGCUGGCAGCGCAUGCGGCCACUGCUAGUAGACAAGCACCUCGACACGUCUUGUCCCGGAGAACCACAGCCGCGCCCACCACCACCCCAGCCCUCGCGACACCACAGCUCCCGCGCGACGACAUUAACAUCGACAGGCGGCACACGAACCGUCUCCUUGCCCCAACCCUCGACCUCAAAACCGCCCCCAGAGCGCCUCCCCGCGCUAAACUACAGCAUGCUAAAAGAACAACAACUGCGCAACCGCAUGCGCGACCUCGGCAUCGCCACCACCGGCUCACGCCCAAUGCUCGAGAAGCGGCACAAGGAGUGGAUGACCAUCUGGAACGCCAACUGCGACUCGCUGCGGCCGCGGCGCAAGGCAGAACUACUACACGACCUGGACGUGUGGGAGCGCACGCUGGGCACGCGUGCGCCGACGAGCUCGCGGUCGCUGCACCUGGGCGCCCAGAUCAAGGACAAGGACUUCGACGGCGCCGCGUGGGCCGCCAAGCACGAUACCUCGUUCAGGGAUCUGAUCGCGAGCGCGAGGAGGAAUCGGGUGCAAGCUGCUCAGCAGCAACAAUCUAAUAAUCCCGGUGAUGAGGGAAAGGAAGAGACGGAAACAGAUAAGCCAGGCAUGGGCGUGGGGAUGGUGACAGAUAAGACAACAGAGUUGCCGCAGUCCGCAACUCCGGGACCUGGGUUUAUAGAUUUGACGGGGGGGAUGGCUUUGACGCCACCGCACAAACAGUCAAAUGGAGAGAACGAGGCGGUAGAUUUAGGACCGGGGACGACAGUGAUCUCCUGA